CUCCUGGGCACCAGCUCGGUGGUCACCGCCGUCUUGUACUCCGUGUACCGGCAGAAGGCCCAGGUCUCCCAGGAACUCAAGGGAGCUAAAAAAAUCCACUUGGGUGAAGAUUUGAAGAGUAUUCUCUCCGAAGCUCCAGGAAAAUGUGUACCUUAUGCUGUUAUUGAAGGAGCCGUGCGGUCUGUUAAAGAAACGCUCAACAGUCAGUUUGUGGAAAACUGCAAAGGGGUAGUUCAGCGGCUGACUCUUCAGGAGCACAAGAUGGUGUGGAAUCGAACCACCCACCUUUGGAAUGACUGCUCAAAGAUCAUUCACCAAAGGACCAACACAGUGCCCUUUGACCUGGUGCCCCACGAGGAUGGCGUGGAUGUGGCUGUGCGAGUGCUGAAGCCCCUGGACUCGGUGGAUCUGGGCCUCGAGACUGUGUAUGAGAAGUUCCACCCCUCAAUCCAGUCCUUCACCGAUGUCAUUGGCCACUACAUCAGUGGUGAGCGACCCAAAGGCAUCCAGGAGACCGAGGAGAUGCUGAAGGUCGGGGCCACCCUCACGGGGGUUGGCGAACUGGUCCUGGACAACAACUCCGUCCGCCUGCAGCCCCCCAAACAAGGCAUGCAGUACUAUCUGAGCAGCCAGGACUUUGACAGUCUGCUGCAGAAGCAGGAGUCGAGUGUCCGACUCUGGAAGGUCCUGGCACUGGUUUUUGGCUUUGCCACAUGUGCCACCCUCUUCUUCAUCCUCCGGAAGCAGUACCUGCAGCGGCAGGAGCGACUGCGCCUCAAGCAGCUGCAGGAGGAGUUCCAGGAGCACGAGGCCCAGCUGCUGAGCCGAGCCAGGCCUGAGGACAGGGAGGGCCUGAAGAGCGCCUGCGUCGUGUGUCUGAGCAGCUUCAGGUCCUGUGUCUUCCUGGAGUGCGGGCAUGUUUGUUCCUGCACCGAGUGCUACCGUGCCCUGCCGGAGCCCAAGAAGUGCCCCAUCUGCAGGCAGGCAAUCACCCGGGUGAUUCCCCUGUACAACAGCUAACAGUCUGGAAGCCACACGUGGGCAUGGAGGCAGCCCCCCUUUUGGGGAUUCUUUCCUUGAGGCCUUUGAAGAGCACUAGGGUGGGGCUGGGGAGGGGUAACCGUUAACUCCAGGUAAGAUUAUGGGAGUGGAAGGACAGAAACUUCCCAGAUCCACACCUCCAGCAGCAGGGUGUGCCUUCCUGACCCAGUGGGACACCCUUCCUAGCACCGAGUGUGAGACUCGGAGCCCCACUCAGGGCUGCAUUGGCACCAUAUCUUUUCCCAGGGGCCAGAUGAGUGUGUGACAAAGCUCAUUGCAUAAGCACCAAAGCCACAUCUUCACCUUAUGUCCCGUGUCUCUGGUCCUUCCUGGGGAAUUAUUGAUUGCUGCAGACUUGGGGGAGGACUGAGCUGGAGAGGAGAAAGGGCCGGGCUCAGCACAGUGAACGCCUCGGAAGGGACUGCCAUGCCUUUCCUUGGGCUGCACCUCGGAUAAAAGUUUCCAGAAUUGGUAGGCCAGAUAGGUCACGCGUACCCCUUCCCUUGCCUGCUGGUUCCUGCAUACACGUGUGUCUGGAGGACAGAAGGAAGCAAAACCAGCCCUGCUGUCUCCCAACAGGGUGGGUCACGUGCAGCAGAGCGAGGGGAGCUCACUCGAGGGCCUUCAGCCAGUCAGCCCUCCGCUCUCUCCACUCCCCUGGGUGGCCACCGGAGAGCACGUCUCUGGUCCUGAUUUGGAACUCCUGCAGCUUGAGGGGCUGAGGAGAGGCCUCAGCACUUGAAGGAACAGUAAGGAUGCUGGUCUCCUAGCUGCCCGGCAUUGGCAGCUGCUCUGUAAGGCUUUCAGCAGGCAGCAGGAUGCAGCUGCCCCUCGAGCACCACACCUUCCAGAACUCCACUCCUGUCACCCCAGACCCUCUGCCACGUUGAUGUCCUGUGGGUGUAAUCUCACUGCCCCUCCCGGUGGCCGCUCCACCCCUCCCCUUCCCUCCUGAGCCUGUGCGUGCAAAGAGUGGGGGAGUGCCUUUCACCCCCUCCCAGGUUGUCAAAGUCCUGUACACAGUUCUAUUUCCCGUCCCUGUCUGUGGACAUUCGUCCCCCUAUCCUCCUUUGUGUGGGGGAGCAGGGGUGCUCUCAGGGGGCUGACACUCAGACUAAGCGGUGUCCAGUGUGAACAGCACAAAUUAAACAUGUCACAACCAAGA